AUGUCGGAAGGCAUAUACACUCUUUGGACGGUGGAAGAAGAGGACAAUUUGCAAGAAUGGAUGGCUCGUCAUCAGCAUUUGCCCUGGAAGAAAAGGCGCGAGGAAUACUUCAGGCAGACGGGGAAAUGGAGGUCUAUCAGCUCGCUGCGUAGCAAGCUCGAACAAUUGGACCAGGGUAUUCGCCGACAACGCCCUCUCUAUGAAGAGGUGGUCCAAACUGGCUCUGUAUGGAAUUUCCCCCUGAGCGAAGCCUUUUGGAGGAGCUCCCUCCUUUUCCCCCGCCAUUGA